AUGAAUCCAGAAUCCAGCGACUCGCUUCAUAUUUCAAUUGAGGGGGAAAUUCUGUUCCCUCAUGGUAGCCCGCAAAAUCAAUCAACGAAAAAGAUCAAGACAAACGAUGAGCUUAACCAAAAGCAUAGAUCCAGACGAGCAUUCUCUUUUUCCAAGUUCAUCGGCUCUACUUUAGAUGAUAAAAACGAAGACAAGAAGGAAUUCCAGUACACAACUAACGAGCAGACCUGCGACCAGGCGCCGGCAAUUCAAUCGCAUUUUAAAUGGAUACAACCGCUUUUGAAUUUUCGUACACUUUUUAAGACUAGAAAAAAGGCGGUUUCAUUACCUGAAAAGGAGAGAACUGUUCUGAUAAGUGAACAUGAUUCUCAAAAAGAAGCAAUGUUUUCAUGCUAUAAUGCCUUCAAGAAUACUGAAAUUCAAACUACUCUAGACUCUCUAAAAGAGUCUAUAGACUCGGAUUUGCUGCAAAAAUCAACAAUUAGACUCAUUCAUUAUAAACAUCAAGAUGGCGUAAGCAAACCUUUGAAGCCUCUUAAUAAGCCCUGGAUUGACUGCAAUAACAAGGAAAAUCGUCAAUUGAUGAUCAAAGCGGAAAGCGACAAAAACCUCGGUAAAAAUGUGAACAAGAUGAGUGAAAACAGUCAAGCCGCAAAUGUACUGGCCUCGAAACAAAUAAGAGCUGAUAAAGGUGACAGAGGGCUGAUGCCUGAUCCUUUGAACACCGAAUCAAUUUCAAGGUCAUUCUAUGAACAAAAGGUUUACAUGGCAGGGGAUGAUACAUCAGCCAAUUGUGCUCCUGGGAUCUACCUGAACUCGGAAAUAUCGAGACUUUUCAAUAGUUUGAGAGCGAAAGCUGAUCACGAGAAGAGCAGAUUCUAUGUUGCUACAAAUGCAAAAUCCCAUACGUUCCCCGAUUUCGAGCUUGCGUCCCAAAUUAGUAUCAAUGAAAUUUCAGAAAGAAGCCUUUCGGAGGAAGAUUCUACUAAUGGUCCGCUUAGCUCCUUCAUUGAAGAUCCAGCCAAAGAAAUUUCUGAACGCUGUGAUCAUAAACAAUCUCGAAGUCAUUCAAGCUUGGCUAAUUAUUACGGUAAGUCUAUUCUUUAUUGUCAGGCAUAUUAA